ACAAGGAGCAAGUUAUAUAAGGUGAAGGUUGUAGUUUUUUCCCAUGAUGUGAGGGACAAUUCGAGACUAGCUAGAACCAGGACACUGCACUUUUCUUGGAAUCGCAAGGCAGGAAACGGAUCUAAAGCUGAUAUCUUCAUUGGCUGAAUCUUUCCUCUAUAAAUGGUGUUUAGUGUAUAAAAGCAAGACUUCUGCAAGCUUUCUUCAUCAUUCCAGAAUAGCUUCGCAUCUAUUACAGUACAAAUUUAAGAAGUUUCGAGCAAAAAUUAAUCACUUGAAAUGAACCCUCGCCGUGUUAUUCUUGUUGUGGCGCUAUUCAUUAGCGUUAAUGGAAAUGAAGCAUCUGAACUACAGCUGAAUUCAUCAGCUUCCAUAAUAGUACCGAAAUUGAAACAGCCUCUCGAUGUGAUUUGCAAACUCGAGGCAACCGAUCCUUUAAAUUUAACCAAAGUUGAUGCCAAAACUGUCACUUCAAUAACUAUAAGUCGAGAGAAUGACGUGAUUGCAUCUAUCUCUGCCUGCGGUCCAGUGAAGAUCUACAGUGACCACCAGACAAUCAGGGUUGAGGGUGAAGUGUCAGGUGACCAUGGUUACCUUCAGCUCUACUGGUCCACUGCUAGCACGAAACAGGCUGGAAAUUACACAUGUAGUCUCUUCUUGGAAACAGGAAAACAAGCAACUAUGUUGAAGAGACUCAUUACCAUUGAAAGCAGACAGACGACGCUAGAAGACCUGAUAGAUUUAUUCAUGGACAUGAAUAAUAGGCUAGGCAUUUCUGAAUUAGAAUUACGAAAGUGGAGUACUGAUAAAGAAAUGGCCAGCCAGUCAUCGGUAGAAAAGCUUAUGAAUAUGAUCCUCAAUGUUACCAAAAGGCAGGACGCUUCUGAAAAAGAGACUGAAAAGCUUAAACCAAAGGCUUCUAAGGAAUGGACGCUGGCGUUUCGUGGUACAGCAUACAUAGGAAAAUCUGUUUACGCAGCCUAUAAGAACGGUACUGGGAUCCCAAGUGAGGUGGAACCCGGAUGUAAGCAGGUCGCAAGCCCAUUACCCUGCAACAACCACUACAGGAACUCAGAAGUCUUCGACAACUGGGACAGAGUUAAGGAGGUCGCCUUCGUCGUGUACUCAAACUACACCAGAGUGGGCGACAUUUUGUUUGACGGUCAAGACUCUACCUCCAUCAGCUGGUUCAACAAGUCCAGAGUUCUGUUCACCACUUGGAAACAAAUCAAGACAGACUUCACUAACUUCUUUUCCAUUGAAGGUAAUAACGUGCCGGAAAAUCACAGGGCGUUUUUUAUCAACAGUAACUACAAUGGAUGUCCAGGAGACAAAGGCUGGUUCGUCGCCGUGGACAGCGCCAACAGUUAUUGCCCAUGGGAAAAGUUCAAAUCGUUUCCGGUUUUCAAAUAUUCCAGGCAGAAUGGACCUCAGAACUGGACCAACGGCGAUGUGGCUAUUGCUGACAUGUUUGCCGUCUUCGUUAAAUACUACAGCACAGCUUAAUGUGCUAAAAUUUAAAUUACGACACUGAAUAAUGUAGUAUCUAUAACUACUAAAACAGUGUCGCUAUGUAAUGUCUACUCGGAGAAAUUAAGAUGGAUACAUCAGGUGUUAUAUGCGUGCCUGAUUGUCUCUGAUAUUUCUAUUACCACUUUAACUAUAUUACCAAUAAAGAAUUUAUUUACUUCAA